AUGGCCCUGGACGAGGGUAACAGAGACCGCAUCGGUGGAUGGUUCGGGUCGAAUGCUCUGCCGGGCUUUAGUGAUAUGGCUCACAUACAGACCUUGGAUGCACGGCUGUUACCAGGCGAGAAGAAGGCGUGGUUUCGCCGCUCAAAACGAAGACUUAUAAUUGUUGGCGAUGUCCAUGGAUGCAAGGAUGAGUUAGAGAAACUGCUUGCACGUAUAUCGUUUAAUCGUGAGAAAAGAGAUCACUUGAUAUUCACCGGAGACUUGAUAUCCAAGGGCCCCGAGAGCGUUGAAGUAGUGCGUCUUGCACGAGAGUACAGUGCUUCCUGCGUUCGAGGGAACCAUGAAGAUAAGGUCCUGUUAACCCGGCGUGAAAUGUUAGAUUCAUCACGGAGUACUGGAUCUAGUGCCGAACGAGAGACAAAAGCCCAUGUCCUUGCGCGUCAACUCUCAGACGAUGACGCCACCUGGCUUGAAUCAUGUCCUGUGAUCCUCAAGGUAGGAUAUAUUAGGGACAUGGGGGAUGUGGUCGUCGUUCAUGGAGGGCUAGUACCGGGCGUGCCGCUUGAACGUCAGGAUCCAUCGUCUGUAAUGACCAUGAGGACUCUUGACGUGGAUAGCCAUACACCCAGCUCGUUGAAAGAGGGCACUGGCUGGUCCAAGGUGUUUGACGAGUACCAGCGUCGGAUGGUGAAGAAGAAUGAACGGCCUACUACGGUGAUAUAUGGCCACGAUGCGAAACAGCUUCCGGUGAUACGGUUGUAUACAAAAGGACUAGACACUUCAUGCGUUCGAGGAGGGAAACUUACUGCCCUGAUCAUUGGUGAUGGCGGGAGACAGCGCCUGAAACAAGUGAAGUGCAAGGGUUAUGUAUGA